CAAGAAUGCCUCUCGUGGCUCAGUUGAGAUCGCAAGCCAGUGGAGAUCCCAGCCAGAGUCCAAAACUGAGGCUGAGGCUGAGGCAGAGACAGAGGCAGAGACAGAGGCAGAGGCUCUUGUGGCCGCAAAUGCCAGGGCCGGCCAGGCCCAUACCCAAAGCCAUUCUGAUGGCCUGAAAUGGCCAAAUUUAGCCUGGCCAUCGUGUUGGCGACGCCCCAAAAACCGAGAGCCAACGAUCGAAACGGCAUCGAAUACCGCUAAGCCCUAAGGGAUCCUUACACAGCACUAGCAACCUGCAACCUGCAACCUGCAACCUAUACAGCCUGUAUCUAGUCUACUAUAUCGUCAGAAAUCUACCGAUUAGCCGUAGUUCGUAAGCCGCUUGAUGAAUAUUGGCCAGGAGAAGCAUCCGCACUUGCAUCCGCAUCCUCAGCCUCAGCCUCAGCCACAGUCCAGCAGUCGUGUUGCAGAUCCCGUUGCCAGUGGAGGAGGCACUGCCACAGUUUCCAGCUCCAGUUCCAGCAUCAGCAGCAGCAACGCUCCCGCCAUCACCGCCAGUCCCUCAGCAUCCUACCUGCUCGGCUAUCAUCACUACCAGCUGCCCGGCCAUGAGCGGCACCAUCCGCUUCCGCUCAGCAGCCACCAGCAGCAGCAGCAGCAGCAACAGCAUCCGCUCCCGCUCGCCCAUCCGCCGCGGGGCAACGCCGAGCAGCGCCUGAGUCCCGUCGACCGGGAUUCGGGACCCGCAUCCUUCCCGAUGGUGAUGACCUCCAGUCGCCGCAGCUCGCCACCCCUGCCGCCGCUGACGUUGCCGCUGCCGCUGCCUUUGACGCUCCCGCUGCGUCAUCCGCUGGCCCUGAGCCACGGCCACAAUCCGAAUGCCAGCGCCGGCAACGGCGGUGGACAGCAGCACUCGCCGUCCAGCCGCUCCAGCCAGACGCAGUCUAUGAGCGCCCACUUUUCGCAACUGGCCCAUGCCCAGCUUCAUUUGCAAAGCCAGCUGCAGCAGAAGCUAUCGGCCAGUGCCAGGAAUAGCUCUAGUUCCGGGUCGGGAUCGGGCUCUGGUCCCGGGUCAGGCUCGGGUUCCGGCAGUGGCCCAGCGCCGGAGAAUCCCCUCAGCGAUCUGCAGAACAUGCAGCCCUUUGACUUUCGCAAGAUUAGCUCCGCCUCGCUGGGAGCAUUCGCCGGUCCGCUGCCCAGUCCCACGGAGUUCGCCCACCAUCACCAGCAGCAUGCGCAGCACCAGCACCAGCAGCAUCAGCACCACCUUCAUCGCAGCAACCAGUUCUUCAGCGCCAUGGCGAUGGCCUAUCACCUGCCGCCGCCGCCUCCGCCGCCGCCCCCCCAUCCGCCGGGCUCGGACACGCACUCUCCGCCGCCGCCCCAUGGCGUGUCCCAGUACCCGCAUACGCACCCACAUCCGCAUCCGCACCAGCAUUCGCACGCCGCCGCCGAGGAGGGCGGCAAGCGGAGUGGCGACAAGGGCGGCGGCAGCUCCUCGUCCGCCUCGGGCUCCGUGUCGGGUUCCGGUUCGGGCUCCAAUUCGGGCUCCAACUCGGGCUCCAAUUCGCAGCGAAUGACCCGCCUGGCACUGUCCUCGAACCUGAGGGCCAGCAGGAAGACGCACUCUCCUGGAGGAGGCGGCGGCGGAGGAGGAGGAGGUGGUGGCGGCGGCAAGCGGCAGUGGGGCUCCAUGCCAGCAAAUUUGGGCACACAGUUCAUCAAUCCGGUGACCGGGAAGAAGCGCGUCCAGUGCAACGUCUGCCUGAAGACCUUCUGCGACAAGGGAGCCCUCAAAAUCCACUUCUCGGCGGUGCAUCUGCGCGAGAUGCACAAGUGUACCGUGGAUGGCUGCAGCAUGAUGUUCAGCUCGCGGCGCUCGAGGAAUCGGCACAGCGCCAACCCCAAUCCUAAGCUCCAUUCGCCGCAUCUGCGGCGCAAGAUCUCGCCGCACGACGGACGCAGUGCCCAGCCGCAUCCGCUGCUCCUGCAGGCGCCCAAUGGCCUUAUGGCCGGACUGGCGCCCUUUGGCAGCUUUCCGUUGCUGACGCCGCCGCCGGACUUGCGGCAUCAUGCGAUGGGCGGGGGAGGAGGAAGUGGUGCAGGCGGCGGCGGCGGAGUGGGAGCUGGAGCUCUAGAGCUGAAGCAUGGCCAGGACUACCUUCAGAGGUCCUACCUGGAUGCGGGCCGUUACGAGGGCCAGCGCAGGAAGCUGCCGCCGGAGCACGAGCACACGGAGGACGAGGACGACGACGAGAUUCUCGAGGUUGGCAUCCACUUGGGCGACGACGAGGACGAUGAUGAGGAUGAGGCCGAUGCUGACGGGGACGAGGACGAGGACGAUGACGAUCCCGAUGGUAUUGUGGUGGUGGGCGAUGAGCUGGACAGUAUACGGCUGGAGCACGAGAACGAUCACGAGAAUGAGCACGAUCACGAUCACGAUCGGGAGCAGGAUGAGCACGAGCAGGAUGAGAGCGACGAACGCUCCGCGUCGGCCGUAUCCGGCCACAGUCAAACCAAAGAGCUGCCCAGUUCGGCCAAGGCGGCGGAGGAGUGCCACAGCCACUCUCUAACCCAGGCCCCGGCCCAUAUCCAAGCCCACUCCCGCGCCCAUGUUCACUCACAUGCCCAUGCUCACCCCCAUGCCCAUGCCCAUGCCCUUGCCCAAGACCAUGCCCACGUCCAGGCCCAUAUCCAGGCCCAUGCCCAUGCCCAGGCGCUCGCACAGAUGGCGGCCAACAAGCGAAAGCGCAAGAGCCAAAAUCCAGUGCGCUGUCCGGUCCAGUCGGACGAGAACUCCGGCGACAACUCGGUGGACUACGACGUGGCCGCCGACCUGUCCAUCAAGAAGGUGCGUCUGCCCGUGCAGGCCGCCGCAUCAGCCAAAGAAACGGAGGUGGGCGAGUCCACCAAGUCGAUACCCUCGCCGCCGCUCACGCCCUACGGCGAUCUCAAGCCGGCAGCUCUUAGCAUUAAAACGGAGCACGAUCCCAGUGUGGACCAAGACCAGGAUCAAGAGCAGGAGCAGGAACGGGAGCGGGAACGGGAACGGGAGCAGGAACUGGAGCAGGACCAGGAGCAGCGGGAUAAGCAGAAGAAGAGCUUGAGCACCACGCUGGAUCUGUCGCUGGGCGCGGCCAACAUCAAGUUGGAGCCGCUGGAUGAGAUGAGCUACGAAGCGGACGAGAAUCGUUACCUGCGCAUCAAGCAGGAGCUCAUGGGUGGUGACGAUGACGUUGACGAUGGCGACUGCAGCAGCAGAACCGCCACCAAUAACAACAACAAUAACAACGAGCUCACGAGCAACACCCACAUGAAGGGCGAGAAUGGACUACGCAGCAACUCGGAGGAUCGCCAGAUUCCCGAAACCGAUCCGGAGUCGUCGAAGCCAGGGCAGGAGCCAGAGGCAGAGCCUGAACCAGAGCCGGAGCCGGAGCCGGAGCCAGAGCCCGAUCCAGAGCCAGAGGUGCCCAUCGACAAGGAGAACCCGCUAAAGUGCACCGCCUGCGGCGAGAUAUUCCAGAACCACUUCCACCUAAAGACGCACUACCAGAGCGUGCACCUGAAGCUCCACCACAAGUGCAACAUCGACGGCUGCAACGCGGCCUUCCCCUCGAAGCGGAGUCGGGACCGGCACAGCUCCAACCUCAACUUGCACCGCAAGCUGCUCUCCACCAGCGACGAUCAUGGCCUGCUGCCGGUGCUGCCCACGGAUCCGCUGCUGGAGCUCAUGAGUCUCAAUCUGAACAACAACAAGGGUGGUGGCAAUGGAGGUGGCGGUGGCUUCGGCAAUCCCUCAGCAACGGCAGCUUCAUCCGUGGGCGUGGGACCGGCGGCUGUGGGCAGCAUCCAGGCGGAGAUCCUGGCACGCAUCUGUGCCGGUGCCCAUGCUCACGGCCUCAAUGUGCCGCUCUGCUUCGAGGCCCUGCAGCAUCGCUUCGCUGUGGGCCAUGGCCACGGGCAUGGGUAUCCGCUGGUGGACGGAUCACCGGAUCCCCGGCUGCUGCUCAAUCAUGGCGGUGGUAAUCCGCUGCUCUUCGCCGGCCUGCCACGUCUACCGCGCUUUCCCCAGCUGACGCCGCAUAUGCUGGCCACCGGAGCCGGCGCUGGAGUGGGAGUGGGAGUCGGUGGGCUGAGCCCCUUCUGUCGACGCACCUCCUCCGACUCGAAUUCCCAGCACUCGAUAACGCCGCCAGCAUCUAACCAGCGACCCCACUCGCGCUCCCGGUCGCCCUCGAGGUCCGGCUCCGGGGGAUCCGGCUCCCCGGACUAUGCGCACUCGCAUCCGGCGACGACGGCGGUGGGAGGAGCACAUGGUGUGGGCUUGGAGGAGGUGGGCCAGCGGCAGAGCCCCGAUCGCAUAUCAUGACCGUGUACCUCGUACUAUGCCAAGGCGUUGGCAUUUUAUCACUAGAUCCACGGCCGGGAGCGGGAGCGGGACUGGUUCAUGCAUUGUCAGGCUACUCAUAGGACUCUUAGGACUACGGCAUUGCUCAUUUCGCAGGAGGACUUGGCUCACGGAAUACGAAGUACUUUCACCUAGGCUACUGCUAAUAUAAAAUAUUAGAUGGAACAACUAGCAUUUUUUUUCUAUACAUAAAUAUAUAUAUAUAAAUAUAAUAAAUACGAGUCCCAUUUUUUUUUUUUUAUUUUUGGAAACUUGUAUUUAUGGAAAACUGUUGUUGUUUGGUGUACAAGAAUCGUCGAGAAUCGAUAAUCGAGAAUUGUGUAGAGAAUUGAUAAUACAUAGAUGGCAAAGAAAGCAUGUAACAAGUACUAAAUGAAUAAUUAACGAUAUAUAUAUAUAUAUAAAUAUAUAUAUUAUUGUUAGUGAUACUCGAGAUAAUGUGUAAGUACGUAGCCACUAAGCAGCGCCUCUACUGGUAAAUAUAUCGUGUGUAAUAUUUUUUUUUUUUUUUCUAUUGUUAAAACGAGAGGAGAAACCCCCUGAGUGUAUUGUACGAUAUAUCGAUAAAUGGCAACGGAAACGGAAAUGAAACGAGUCAACAACGAGAAAACGCUUGAUAUAUACAUAUAUGAAGAAACCAACAAAAACGGACGAUGAUCAGAGAAUACUGAAUAUCGAUUUAAAUCGAUUUAUAUCGAUUUAGCGAUUGUACGAACACUGAUUGCCGAUGAUCACUGAUUUCGAUUAGUCUCGAAUCCCAGCCGAAAUAAUAGAGUUUUGUUGUUUUCUUUAUUACAAAAACAAAUCCUAAAGUAAUUAUAUAGUGGAUUAGUUAGUUCUGAAGCAGUAACCAGGCAAAUACCUUCAACUCAUAUUUAAGCUAUAUAUGUUUG